CCCCGCGUGUUGCCUUCUUUGGAUCGUGGAAAAAAAGGCCCUAUCGGACAACAAUCGGCCGUUACGGCCGAGAUACAGAGGUCCCGCGAGAUGUCUCUGACGUGCCGAGUGCAGUAUCUGAAUGACGUCGAUCCGUUUGCCUACGCGAGCUCCUAUCCAGAGCCUCCUAGGCCGCCUGUGCACACCUUCAGCGCGACCUUGCCACUAAUUAACCAGCUCGCAGCGGUGCAUCGACUUCUACGGGCGCCUCACAGGCUCGAUGAUACGGCGCUCCAGCUCUACAAAGAUGGCGACUAUGGUGCCUAUUUGGACCUCGAAGCUUCCAUCAGUGAGCAACAAGAAGAAUUCGAAGGCUUUCAAACCAACCGAAAGAACUCGAUCGUUCUCAGGACACAGCUGUCCGUGAGGGUGCACACCAUCAUAGAAAAAUUGCUGAACAGCGAGGGCCGCGAGCUGCGACGAGCUCUCUUCUCCCUCAAGCAGAUCUUUCAGGAGGACAAGGACCUGGUGCACGAGUUCGUGCAAAAUGAUGGGCUUGCUUGCCUCAUCAAGGUUGGAAGCGAGGCUGACCAGAAUUACCAAAAUUAUAUACUACGAGCUCUUGGCCAGGUGAUGCUCUACGUGGACGGUAUGAAUGGAGUGAUGGAACACGGUCAGACGGUCCAGUGGUUAUACACGUUAAUAGCGAGCCGCUUCCGAUUGGUGGUGAAGACCGCGCUCAAGCUUUUGCUCGUGUUCGUCGAAUACGUCGAGACGAACAGUCUGUUGCUGGUCAGAGCCGUUAGAUCGGUCGAUACGUCCAGAGGCAUGAUACCCUGGACAAACGUGAUGAAGCUGUUGAAGGAUUACGACGCGGCCGACACGGAAUUGCUGAUAUACGCGACGACGUUAGUCAACAAGUGUCUGAACGGUAUACCGGAUCAGGACACUUAUUACGAUCAGGUCGACUGUUUGGAGGAGCAAGGGAUAGAGGGCAUCAUCCAGAGGUACAUGUCGAAGCAAGGAACCGAUCUUGAUCUACUAAGGCAAUUUCAGAUCUACGAGGCGGUGCUGCAUCACGAGGAUGGGAACGAUAGAGGUUCGCCUAUUCGCCAGCUGGAUGAUAAUAUCAGGAAGACGCUGCGAAACCGGAAGUCCCUGGUGGAUUCGCACGAACGGCGAAAAUCCCGGCGGCACUCGACGGGCACGUCCCCAUUGUCGAUGUCCUUGAACGCGCGACUAAGUCCACGGCUCAACCACUCGUUGGGUCUAAGCUCUCUGAACAACACGCUAAACUCGAGUUUGCCCGACGACGACGACGAGUCGAGCAGCUCUCAAAGUUCGCAGGGUCAUUUAGGCGAGGUUCAAUUGAAUGGCAGCUACAAGGAGAACAAAGUGGACGUUGGCGUGACACCGGCGUUGAGACGUCGAAGGGAACGAGCCGAGAGGCAGAGGAGCUUUAUCAGGGAGCAGCAGGAAGCCACGGCGAACAUGCGAGCAUCCGUGGUGCCCUCGGACGAUCAGGAAAGUCCCUACGCGACGAACGGGCUGCGUUACACGAACGGUACGUCGUACGAAAGAAAUGCGGACUCGCCGUCGAAUAAGUUGUCCAGGACGAACAGCAGGAAGGACUUGACGCCUCUGAUGAACGCCGCGAACAAACUCGAUUCCGAAGAGAAGAAACCUUGGUACGGGAAGAGCCCGGACGAGGGUGUCGAGUGCGACGAGGGUAAUCACACCGACGAGGACGAGGAUCGUCGAGUGGUUCUACAAUUGAAGAGGGAAGGGACCGUGAAAGAUCUCACGCAAAAGUUGGCCGCUCAAAAUCUUAUACCGAGCAGCCCGGUCGAGGAGAAGGUUUCCAGGAUAGGGGAUAUGAGUGGACUGAUCUCGAAGGCGAAGGAGGGUCUCGCCAAGUCCAAGUCAAAGGCGGACGUGUUGAAGUCACCGACCGGGGACAAUCUGCCCACGAAACCUCAAGAAGCGAAGAAAUCCGAGAACGAGUUGCACUGGGAGGAGCUGGUUAAGAAAUUGAAACGGCCUCUCGAGCUCUGCGACCUCGACUUCACCGAUCUGAAUUCGGACGACGAGGUAGACGUUCUUGGCCCCGUGAACGUGACCAACGGGGUGCCUCCACCCCCACCACCCAUGGUACCGACCCCAGGCGGCGCGCGGGCACCACCCCCGCCCCCCUUAGGUGCGAGACUACCGCCUCCCGUGCCCCAAGCGCCUCCACCGUUGUUCGGAGUGAAUCUCAAGUCGCCAAGGUCGCCGACCGAUAAUGGAAAUACACCGAAGAGCCCGCCACCAGCGUUCACGAAGAAGAGCAAGAAGACGGUGAAGUUGUUCUGGAAGGAGGUGAGGGAUGACCCGAUCAUAUUGUCCAGGCUCGACAAGAACAAGAUGAUAUGGGACGAAUUGUUGCCUGUACCUGUUGACACCCAGAAACUCGAGCAUCUGUUCGAGAGCCGCGCCAAGGAUCUCAUCACGAAGGAGAAACAACAAGAGAUGAACAAGAACAAGGAGAUCAUCGUGCUGGACCAUAAACGAUCGAAUGCUAUCAACAUCGGGAUGACCAAGUUACCUCCACCGAGGUCGAUUAAGACAGCUAUUUUGAAAAUGGACGCUACGAUUAUGAACAGGGAGGGUAUCGAGAAACUAUUGACUAUGCUGCCAACCGAAGAGGAGAGGUCUAGGAUACAAGAGGCGCAGGCCGCCAAUCCUGACCUACCUUUGGGAUCGGCCGAGCAGUUCCUUCUAACUUUGGCCUCCAUCUCGGAGUUGCCCGCCAGGCUGAAACUUUGGGCGUUUAAACUGGACUUUGAGAAUUCGGAAAAGGAAAUUGCGGACCCUUUGAUGGAUCUGAAGCAGGGAAUGGAGACCCUGCGAGUGAAUAAAACGUUCCGCGGGAUUCUGAGCACGCUCCUUUCGAUCGGGAUAUUCCUCAACGGAAAUGAGGUGAAGGGCUUUCAGCUGGAAUACCUCGCCAAAGUACCUGAAGUGAAGGAUACGGUUCACAAGCACUCGUUGCUUCAUCACCUUUGCCACAUGGUGAUGGAGAAGUUUCCGGAUUCCACGGAUCUCUAUUCCGAGAUCGGAGCAGUGACAAGAGCUUCGAAAAUCGACUUCGACGAGCUUGCAGCGAACAUCGGGAAAUUGGAGAGCGAGUGCAAGGCAUCGUGGGAUCAUCUGAAACUCAUCGCGAAGCACGAUGGCUCGACGAUGAUGAAAGUCAACAGAAUGUCAGACUUCCUGGCCGACUGCGCGGAGAGGAUAAUCGUGCUGGGGAUAGUGCACAGGCGGAUCAUAAAUCGAUUCCACAAAUUCAUCCUCUGGCUGGGCAUCCCGCUGCACAGGGUGCAGGACACGAAGCCGAACGAGUUCUGCCGUAUCGUGUCCGAGUUCGCGCUCGAGUACAGAACCACCAGGGAGAGGGUGAUACAGCAGCUCGAGAAAAAAGCCAAUCACCGUGAAAGAAAUAAGACCAGGGGAAAGAUGAUCACAGAGGUUGGUAAAUUCAGGACGAAAGAGGAUCGCGCGGAUGCGGAGCUCAGACAAUUGCUUGGAAGCGAUAUCUCCGAUGUCGAGAGUAUUCACGGCACCCUUCCGUGGAGAAGACAGAGGAAAGAUGGUCGCACCUCAUUGGGCCCAUUACUCCGUGACGAGAACACAAAUGGAAAUCUGACUGACGGCGAUGACGAGUUGCUGGAAUCCCUGGUGAAGACGGCGACGAAAACGCCUGCAACGAGGACAACGCCAAGGGAACGCAAGAGGACCAGACACGCCGAUCGUAAGUCUUUACGUAGAACGCUGAAGAACGGCCUCUCGGAAGAGGAGAAGAAGCACAUCGCCACUUACAUCAAGGGCUACUGACUGUGAUAAAACUUGAACCCUGUAGCUCGUCCACGAGAAGGAAGGAGGGAAGAUUGAUAAACAAGAAUCAUCGAAUCAUCGAUCGGAUGUUGAUCACACGGCCAGGACAUCGCGAUUUGACGGAGGCCAACGAACACGACCAAUUCAGAGAGGAAGCACACCCUCCAGGGAAUGAAUCGCGUACACCAAGGUUAUACGUUUAAAGAAUUAGAUACUACGUAUACAUAUAUAGAUAUAUAUAUAUACAUAUACACACACGCAUAUACAUAUAUUUCUUUCGAACUUUCUGUACGCUGGCAGAAAGCAAUUGUUUCUAUCGAAACUUGAAGGCCUUCUAUUUUUCGACGUUAUCAUAUCGAUAUCCCUGUCGUUCGUAUUUUUCUCACCUCAUGGAAGAGUCUAAUAUAAUAUAGCUCAAUACUUCUGAAUCUUUGAUUAGAUGAUUAUUGCAAAUCUAAAUUGGAUUCGAAAUAUCAAUGAUUACAAACGAUUAUUCCGUAGAAGACAUUAAGACAAGUCAAUGUAUAUCUGGUUAGUUUUAUAUUGUUUCUCUAUUUAUAAGAAACGAUAUCUCUAAAAAUUAUUUGAAACGGAACACAAAUAAUGAGAAUAUAAGUAUAUUUGAAAUUAAAUUAUAUUUGAUAAAAUAAAAAUAGUAAAGAAUUUUGAAACACAGAAAUGAACAUAUUGACUUUAAUAUAAAAUGACGGCCUAAAAUAGCUUUUGAUAUAGAUGGAAAUAGAUUCAGAUAUUUUUGAGAGUUGUAUUAUAAGUUAUUUUCUAACUAAUUAAUUUGAUCAGAUUUUAAACGAUUUUAUGGAUAUUUGAUCAAAUGUAACAAAUAAGAUAAGAAAGUUUACUGUCUGUUGAUAAGUUAGAAUUAUUAUAGAAUUAUAUAAAUAUAUUAUAUAAAUUAAAUGGAUAUAUCUAAUACAUAGAUCUUGUAGAAAGUUCGUAAAAAUAUUUUUAAUAGCUGAAAAUAAAGUUGAGAGAAUCUUUUCAACGAAUCUUUUCCUCUUCGAUAAAGAAUUAAAUAAUUUUCAUAUCGAUUUUAUCGAUUCUAUAUAAAUCGAGAUCGACCUCUUACCUUUCGAUUUAAUUUUUAAUUAUAAUUAUUGUGAUAUAAUGAGUAACGAAGUUUCUUAUCAACGAUCAUCUUAUCAAAUGAUCAUUGGAUAACGAGUACUUCAGACAGAUAUAUGAAAUCACGAAUUGAAUUCGUGUUUAACUUUGAUCUAUAAUAUAUACGUAAUAAAUUGUAUUAUGAUUUUUAUAUGAUGAUAUAUAGUGAGAAAUAACUCAUAUUAUUCACGUUUAAUCUAUAUAUCUAAUUUAAUGUGAUAUAAUGAGGCAGGGUUAAUAUAUAUAAAUAAAUAUUCAAAGAAUUUGUAUUUUGCUCAUUUGUAUUUGCCUCCAACAAUUUCAUAAUUAUAAAAUUUGAAUUUAUAAAAAUAAUCUUCACUAAUCUUAAGAUUUUAAGAUUUCCAAUGUUUAAUAAAAUUGAAAGACAUGAAAAAAUAAAUAGCAAAGUUUAUUAUCUUACUUUAUUAUGUAUAAUAAAAUGUUUAAACAUGAUAGUAAACUUAAAAUUCUUUCAAUUUUAAUAUAUUUAAUUUAAUUAUAACAAAAUUGAUUCACAUAAUACGAUAAAUAAAAAUAUAUUUUGUUUAUCAUAUAAUACUUUAAAUGAAAAAUAUACUUUUAUAUAUGGAAUAAAAUUUAAUUCAAUUUAAUCGUGUCUUUCAUAUAUCUAACAUACGAAAUAUUUUAUCUAUUCGAUUUUCAUCGAAAAUAAAACGUGGAGAAGGUUUAAAUGAUUGAUCGAUCUUAAGAGAUUUAUUUAAAUAUUUCGGGUACGAUUGCUGACUGUUUAUAAGCUACAUACAUAAUAUAUUUGGUGAAUGCAACAACUUCUGAAACUUCUUUCUAUCUUGAAAGAGAGAAGGAAAGGAAAAAAGAAAAUAAUAGAAAAAGAGGAGGAAAAAAAAAAGAGAAACUUUCGAGAUGUAUCUUGCGCAGUGACAGUUUCUCAGGAAUAAAUGCUCGUAUGCAAAGAAGGAAGAAUAUUUCUUGAAGCAAUUCGCUUUUGCAACAUGCAUGGGGCGAGAGGAUUAUUGAAAAUACCCGUUGAAAAGCUUCUCCGUUUGAAAGUUCGAACGACAGGAAUGAAAAAUCGGACAAUCUUAUUGAAACGUGCCUCAAACGAUUUUUGAUCCGUCGAUGAAAAACUUUUAGUUCUUUCUUAAGGUUUAAGAAAGUUUCGAACGAAAUUGAAUGAAACCAUUCGAUGGUACGAAAUGAUGUCUUUCGUACGUAUUUUUCAUUUUUUCUUCUUUCUUUUUUUUUUCUUUUUUUUUCUUUUCAUUUAUUUUUUUCGACGAAGGAAAUAAAAUGGAAAAUGUUUACACGACAACGAUUUUAUUUCUGCGGAUAUCGUAGGUAGUGAAUUUCGAAUACCUAGGAGAGGAAAAUAUUUGUAAACGGUGUGAUUUAUUCGGCGAGAGGAGAAACUUAAUUAAUUUAAUUAUCAUCUUAUUAUCGCGCCACGUGGCGUCGCGCGUGCGCAAUUACUGUAAUUUUCUGCGGAAAUGAAUUCUUGAAAUAAAAUUGAGAGCAGCAAUAAUAGGCCA